AGCUCAAGCUUUCCCUGAUUAAUCAGCUACCUAACUGCCAUCAUCGUUUCUUGCAUAGCCAAGCAAGAAACAAGCUUCUUGGCCGAGAGCCCGAGAAUAUGGCGUGCAGGGCUGCGACGAUGGUGGCGGUGCUGCUCGCGGCGGUGGCGGCGACGUGCGCGCGGGCGCAGCUGCACGACAAGUUCUACAGCGAGUCGUGCCCCAGCGUGGAGGACGUCGUGAGGAAGGAGAUGGUGAGGGCGCUGUCACUGGCGCCCAACCUCGCCGGGCCGCUCCUCCGGAUGCACUUCCACGACUGCUUCGUCAGGGGAUGCGACGGCUCGGUUCUGCUGGACUCGGCCAACAAGACGGCGGAGAAGGAUGCGCAGCCGAACCAGACGCUGCGAGGGUUCGGCUUUGUCGAGAGGGUGAAGGCCGCGGUGGAGAAGGCCUGCCCCGACACCGUCUCCUGCGCCGACAUCCUCGCCCUCAUUGCUAGGGACGCAGUAUGGCUGAGCAAGGGUCCAUUCUGGACAGUUCCUCUCGGCCGGCGAGACGGCAGCGUGUCCAUUUCCAACGAGACCGACGCUCUGCCACCCCCGACCUCCAACUUCACCGUGCUCACCCAGCUCUUCGCCGCCGUGAACCUCGACGCAAAGGACCUUGUCGUCUUGUCCGCCGGGCACACCAUCGGGACGUCGCACUGCUUCUCCUUCUCCGACCGGCUCUACAACUUCACCGGCAUGGAGAACCCCAGCGACAUCGACCCCACUCUGGAGCCGCAGUACAUGAUGCGGCUAAAGAGUAAGUGUGCCAGCCUCAACGACAACACCACCCUCGUGGAGAUGGACCCCGGCAGCUUCAAGACCUUCGACACCGACUACUUCAAGCUGGUGAGCAAGCGGAGGGGCCUCUUCCACUCCGACGGCGCCCUCCUCACCGACCCCUUCACCCGUGCCUACGUCCAGCGCCAUGCCACCGGCGCCUUCAAGGACGAGUUCUUCGCCGACUUCGCCGCCUCCAUGAUCAAGAUGGGCAACGCCAACCAGCUCACCGGAAGCCAAGGUGAGAUCAGGAAGAAGUGCAGCGUGGUCAACCAUUAAACCACCGAUGAAGUACAAGGCUGUUUUGACUUGUAACAUCCUUUUUCCUUGUAAAUUACUGUAAGAUUGUUAUAGCUCCUUUCUCUCCCAAAUCUUUUUCUUUCAUUAAUUUAUUGUUUCCUUACAACCAUGUUAGUUCCUUGUACACACACUUUGGUAUUGCCACCUCCGACGUGUCGUCCAUUGUCAUCUGGAGAUUAUUCAUGUCACGGUUACCAGUUUUGUCUAAGUUUGUCUUUGUUUUAUUUUAGAUUGUUACAUAAUGUUUUGUUGUGAUUUUUGUUUUACCUCAGAGCAUAUCAUAAUGUUUCACAUGUACAAGUAAAAAGAAGAGUUACUGUCAGAUUAUCUUUAUUUAGUUA